UCUUCUUCUCUCCCUCCCUCUCUCUCUCAUUCCCCAUUUCCAUUUCCCAGUUCUUGCUUAGCCUUUCUUAGCUAAAACAAAAAAACGCUAUUAUAUAAUUAUACAUAGAAUCUCACAUUCUGAAUGGAGAAUGAGUACUUCUUCCUCAACGCGGGAAUUGCUCCGCUUCUUCACUUGGAGUCUUCAAACCCAAUUCCCAACUGGCAACAACAACAACAAUCACAAAUGGAGCUGAAAUUGAAUUCCUCGUCCGACGGAUCUCCAGAUCAAUGCUUCUACAAUAACCCCAGCAGGGAAAAGUCAACGGAUCAGCAGAGCAUGCAGUUUGACUCCGCCUUGAGCUCAAUGGUCUCCUCUCCCGUCGCUUCCAAUUCAAACAUUUCCAACGACAGCUUCGUCAUCCGUGAGCUCAUCGGAAAGCUCGGAAACAUCGGCAACAACAACAACGUUAAAAACAGCAGCUCCGGCGAGAUCUCGCUUGCGAACACGUCCUGUUACAGCACUCCCCUGAACUCUCCUCCCAAGAUGAUGAACUGUAAUUUGGGGAGGAAGCCAUCGUCCCUCAACUCCAGCGUGGCGGAAUUCGCCGCCGAUCCCGGUUUCGCGGAGAGAGCGGCGAGGUUCUCCUGCUUCGGCAGCAGGAGCUUCAAUGGCCGAACCACCCAAUUUGGGUUUAACAACAGUAAUGAGUUUAAUAAUAACACUAACAAUAAUAACAUCCCCGGUGGAUCCAAUUCUAGUCCAUUGACUGGAAAUGGUAACAAAAUGUCUAGAGUUUCAAGUAGUCCUGCGCUUAAGGCGCUCGGAUCGCAGUUGAAUUCUAACAAUUCUCAAGAGGAAUCGACCGAAUCGGAGCAAAACCCGAAUGGCGAAAAGGCGUUGAAGCCUGAGAUGAAUUCAAGGAAAAGAAAAGCGGCUUCCAAGGGAAAAAUAUUACCUUCGUCGUCCCCUCCUACCACCAAGAUUAUUGAAGCAAACGACAAUUCAAAUGCAAAGCGGAACAAAACAACAGAAUUUGGUGAAGGAAACGAAAAGAGUGGUCAAGCGAAAACAGAGGAGGAAAUUGCAAAGGGAACUUCAGGAGGUGAUGAAAAGCAAACCAAAACUAGUCCAAAGCCUCCAGAACCUCCAAAGGACUACAUUCACGUUAGAGCCAGACGGGGUCAAGCUACUGAUAGUCACAGUCUCGCCGAAAGGGUCCGAAGGGAGAAGAUCAGUGAAAGAAUGAAGCUUCUUCAAGAUCUUGUUCCGGGUUGCAACAAGGUCACCGGAAAAGCACUCAUGCUCGACGAGAUUAUAAAUUAUGUUCAGUCGUUACAACGUCAAGUCGAGUUUCUCUCCAUGAAGUUGGCUUCCGUUAAUACCAGGCUGGAUGCCAACAUUGAUACUCUAAUGUCAAAAGAUAUAUUUCAACCAAAUAGUUCCAUGCCACACCCAAUAUUCCCACUAGAUUCCUCGGCGCAAACCGUUUAUGGUCACCAGCCCCAACAAAACCAAACAAUCCAUAACAACAAUAACAACAACAGCAACAACAACAUUUCCAGUGGGCCCAUGACACAUUGCUCAAUGGACCCGUUAGAUUCUGCAUUAUGCCAAAACCUUGGCAUGCAAUUACCCCAUCUCAAUGGAUUUAGUGACAUUGUUUCUCAGUAUCCAGCAUUUGGUGAGGAUGACCUGCAAGCCAUUGUCCAGAUGGGCUUUGGACAAAAUCCAAACCGAGAUACAUCAUUCCAGCCUCAGAGCCUCCAUGGUCCUAAUCAAGUGUCCCACAUGAAAGUCGAGCUCUGAUUAAUGAUUAUUAUCCUUCCGCCGUCCCUAAUACAUAUAUAGUUGCUGCUGUAAAUAGAAGAGUUAAUUUGGACCGUCCGAUCAACAACUAAGCAUUUUUACAUCAUAAUUUUAUCGUCACUAAGCAACAUUCAUCCUUAGCUCUAGUGGAGAGCACCAUUUUUCUUUUUGGCUGUAUCCUCAUUUUAUCUUUUUUUUUUCCUUAAUGUAAUUUGUUGUUUCUGAUUUUUAUUACUAUUUUUUAAGAGAGUUUUAUUACAAGAUGUAAAAUCCCAGAAUCAAUUAUGUAUUUUUGGUGCAUGACCUUAAAGCACCAGUUGUAAAAUAGACCACUAAAUUGCUAAUUAAGAGGAAGAGCUUUUUUUU